AUGAGCGCCGGGUGUCCGCGGAGAUGUGAGCGGGAGAGCGGGAUGAGUGCCAGGUGUCCGCGGGAUUGUCUGCGGGAUGAGCGGGAUGAGCACCGGGUGUCCGCGGAGAUGCUCGCGGAGGAAACGAGCGCUGAGUGUCCGCGGGAUGCUCCCGGGGCCGGACUGUCCGGUGAGCCGCCCCCCGGCAGCGACAUCGUGCACCCCAUCAAGGUGGACGAGCGCGGAUCUUUCCUGUCCUACGACCUGUCCCACCGAGCCCUUCACCGCCGGUCUCCCCUCUCCUGGAGCAAGCUGCCCGCCUUCUACGAGCUGCACUACAAAGGGCAGCCCCUGAAAUUCAACCUGAGCCUCAACAGGCACCUCCUGGCGCCGGGCUUUGUCAGCGAGAGGCGUUUCGGGGGCAUCGCCGGUGCCAAGAUCCAGCCCCGCUCGUACAACUCGUGCCAUAUGAUCGGGGAGGUGCGGGGCCGGGCGCUGCAGGGCGGGCUGGCUGCCCUGAGCACCUGCGAUGGGCUGAAAGGUGUGUUCCAGCUCAUGAACGAGGACUAUUUCAUCGAGCCCGUGUCCGGCAGCCCUCGGGAGGAGGGAGCAGCACAGCCCCACAGGAUUUACAAACGCCAGGUGCCCCCGGGCAGGGCUGGGCAGGGCAGGAGCCCCCCGGCCCCGCUGGAGUUCUGUGGUGUGCCAGAGUCUCAGGAGAGCCUGGAGCAGUCAGAGAGGAGCAGGGAGAGGUGGGAGCAGAGGCAGCACAGGAGGAGGAGGAGGAGGAGGAGGAUCAAGCAGCGCUCCAUCAGCAGGGAGAAGUGGGUGGAGACCCUGGUGGUGGCAGACCCCAAGAUGGUGGAGUUCCAUGGCAGUGCCAACGUGGAGAAGUACGUGCUGACCGUCAUGAACAUGGUGGCAGGGCUGUUCCACCACGCCAGCAUUGGGAACCCCAUCAACAUUGCCAUAGUGAGGCUCAUCCUGCUGGAGCACGAGGAGGAGGACCUGAAGAUCUCCCACCACGCAGACAACACCUUGAGAAGCUUCUGCAAGUGGCAGAAGAGCAUCAACGUGAAGGGAGACUCCCACCCCCUGCACCACGACGUGGCCGUGCUGCUCACCAGGAAGGACAUCUGUGCUGCCAUGAACCGGCCCUGCGAGACCCUGGGGCUGUCCCACGUGGCUGGAAUGUGCCAGCCCCACCGGAGCUGCAACAUCAACGAGGACACGGGGCUGCCCCUCGCCUUCACCGUGGCCCACGAGCUGGGACACAGUUUUGGGAUUCAGCAUGAUGGAAGCAGCAAUGACUGUGAGCCAGUUGGGAAAAGACCUUUCAUCAUGUCUCCACAGCUCCUGUAUGACACGUCCCCACUCACCUGGUCCCGCUGCAGCCGCGAGUACAUCACACGCUUCCUCGACAGGGGCUGGGGGCUGUGCCUGGAUGACCCCCCAGCCCAGGAGGUGCUGGACUUUCCCCUGGUGCCCCCGGGGGUCCUGUACGAUGUGAGCCACCAGUGCAGGCUGCAGUACGGCCCCUACUCCACCUUCUGUGAUGACAUGGACAGUGUGUGUCACACGCUGUGGUGCACAGUGGGGACCACGUGUCACUCCAAGCUGGAUGCAGCUGUCGAUGGCACGGCGUGUGGGGACAGCAAGUGGUGCUUCAAUGGCGAGUGUGUCCCCGUGGGCUACCGGCCCCAGCCCAUCGAUGGUGCCUGGGGCUCCUGGAGCUCCUGGGCCUCCUGCUCCCGCAGCUGUGGGGCAGGAGUGCAGAGUGCUGAGAGGCACUGCAGCCACCCCACGCCCAAGUACGGGGGCCGGUUCUGCCUGGGGGAGCGGCGGCGGUUCCGGAUCUGUAACGUGCGGCGCUGUCCCCAGGGCAGCCCCUCCUUCCGCCAGCUCCAGUGCAGCCACUUCAACCCCAUGCUCUACAAAGGGAAACUCUACAAGUGGACACCGGUGCCCAACAGCUUGAACCCCUGUGAGCUGCACUGCCGGCCCGAGCGCGAGUUCUUUGCGGAGAAGCUUCGGGACGCGGUGCUGGACGGGACCCCGUGCUACGACAGCGACUCCAGCAGGGACAUCUGCAUCAAUGGCAUCUGCAAGAACGUGGGCUGUGACUACGAGAUCGACUCUCAGGCAGUGGAGGAUCGCUGUGGGGUGUGCCACGGGGACGGCUCCACCUGCCACACCGUCCACAAGACCUUCGAGGACAGCGAGGGGCUGGGGUAUGUGGACAUUGGGAUUAUCCCCGUGGGAGCCCGGGAGAUCCGGAUUGAAGAGGUGGCAGAGGCCGGGAAUUUCCUGGCUCUGCGGAGCGAGGACCCCGAGAAAUAUUUCCUGAAUGGAGGCUGGACCAUCCAGUGGAACGGGGACUACAAGGUGGCAGGCACCACCUUCACCUACAAGAGGACGGGGAACUGGGAGAACCUCACCUCUCCAGGGCCCACCGUGGAGCCCGUGUGGAUCCAGCUGCUGUUCCAGGAGACCAACCCCGGGGUCAGGUACCAGUACACGAUCCAGCGCCCGGCCGACAGCGAGAACGAGAUCGAGCAGCCCGAGUUCCUCUGGCGCUUUGGCUCCUGGACCACCUGCACGGCCACCUGUGGGACAGGGGUGCAGAGGCAGGUGGUGCACUGUGUGGAGAGGCUGGCAGGUCUGGUGGAGGAGCACUUCUGUGAUGCCCUCACCCGCCCCGACGACCAACAGCGCACCUGCAGCGAGGAGCCCUGCCCGGCCAGGUGGUGGGUGGGUGAGUGGCAGCAGUGCUCAGCCUCGUGUGGCGGGGCAGGGCUGAUGAAGAGGACGGUUCUGUGCAUCCAGAGCGUGGGGCUGGACGAGCAGAGGGCCUUGCAGCCAGCACACUGCCAGCACCUGCCCAGGCCAGAUGCCACCGCACCCUGCCACCCCCAGCUCCCCUGUCCCUCCCCAUGGACCGUGGGCAACUGGUCUGAGUGCUCUGUGACCUGUGGAAAUGGGACCCAGAGGCGCUCUGUGCACUGCAGCAACAGCACUGGGGCAGAGUGUGACCCUGCACUGAGACCCAGCCCUGACAGGGUCUGCUCCUUGCCACAGUGCCACCAGAACUGGGACAGUGCCGACUGGUCUGGCAGCGGCUCCUCCAGCAGGGAGGUAUUUAAUGAAAUCCAUUACAUCCCCAGCAACCACAUUCCUAAAUUUAACCCCUUAAUCCCAAACAUCCCGGAGUCCAACGACGUCAAUGUCAUCACCGAGGAGGAUUUCUCAGCCAGGAAAGGAAAUGUCUUUGUGGAUGAUUUUUACUACGAUUAUAACUUCAUCAACUUCCACGAGGAUCUGUCCUACUACCCCUUCACGGAGAAGGAGAGCAAAGGAGAGGAGCCAAAGCCAGAGCUGAGCCCUGGUGGCACAGAGGGGCCCUGGGAGGUGCCCACUGAGGCUCUGCUCAGCACCGAGCUGGGAGGAGACAGCGAGGAGCACCCAGGCACCGAGGAGGAAAACACUUCUGCUCCUGGGCACCACCGAGGCACAGAGCCCGGGGAUUUGGCCACCAAUGACCUCCUGAGCGUGGCCCCUGAGGAUGUGGGAUCAGCCAGGCCCAGAUACACCACCCCUGGCUUUUGGGGUGAGGAGGAGGAUGCAGUGCUUGUGCCCCACUCUGAGCAGCACCCACCCACCCAGAGCUCUGUGAGCCACGGCCACCCAUGGGAUGGACCCCACAGAGCUGUGCCCAGCAGGACCAGCCUUGGGCAGGGUGUCCCAGCCCAUGGCUCCUGGGGUCCCCAGCCAGCUGCUCAGGUGCCCACGGGCUGGGGCAGUGCCACUGUGGGUGUGCCCCACGGGCCAGGAGCACUGGGCAGUGUGAGCACAGAGGGACACGGCACGGCCAGGUCUGCAGGGAGAGGCCACCAGGACUCCAGGGAAAUGGGUCUGGCCAUCACCAGUGACAUUGAUGGGGCAGCCCCACGGCCCACGGGGCGGCACGGGUGGGCAGGAAUGCCAGAGGGGGUGCUGGACACACAGGCAGGAGGGCAAGCCCAUGGCAUGGACAGGGCACACCUUGCUUUGCCCACCCCGGGCUGGGAGGUGGCAGGGAGUGCUGGCAGCCCCCACCCUGCCCUGAGUCCCCCUCAUGUGGGUGCUGACGGGGCUCCUGUGGGACACGGAGGGCAGCAGCCAGAGCUCCACACCCCCACAGCUCCCACCUCAACCCCCUGGGUGGCCACAACAGCCCCUCCAGUGUCCUUGUCCCCUACCAUGCCCAGCCCAGUCCCCCAGCUCACCUCCAGUGGCCUCAGCCAGCAGGAUGCCCUGGUGCCAGCCGUGCCCACAGCCCCAGCUCAGGGCCCACCUGCCCACGCUGCAGGGUCUCCCCUGGAAUGGGGGACACAGGGGCUGUCCCAGCACACGGAUCCAGCAUGGCCCAGCACUGAGCUGACCUCCCAUGGGACCCUGCUCAGUGUCACUGCACCCAGGGAGCCCUCAGCAGGGACACCCCCAGCGACAUGGGCACCCCCAGGGACAUCUGCCUCCAGUGACAGGGGGCACAAGCCCCCUCCUUUGCUCCCCCCGCUCUGGGAGAAGAGGGAGGAGGAAGAGGAGGAGGAAGAGGAGGCUCUGCUGCCACCAUCAGCCACUGCCAAGCCCAGCUGGGAGGUCGGGAACUGGAGUGAGUGCUCGGCCACGUGCGGCCUGGGCGCCGUGUGGAGGCCCGUGCGCUGCAGCAGCGAUGGCGGCUGUGCCGAGGCCGACAGGCCCGUCCCUGCCCGGAGGUGCUCCCUGAGACCCUGCUCGGCCUGGAGAGUGGGCAACUGGAGCAAGUGCUCCAGGAGCUGCGGCGGUGGCACCAAGGUCCGGGACGUUCACUGUGUUGACACCAGGGACCAGCGGCUGCUGCGGCCGUUCCACUGCCAGCCCGGGCUGUCCCAGCCCCCGGCACAGCUGCCGUGCCGGAGCUCGCCGUGCCUGCCCUGGUACACAUCAUCCUGGAGAGAGUGCUCAGAGCCCUGCGGUGGAGGGGAGCAGGCUCGGCUGGUGACGUGCCCGGAGCCCGGGCGCUGCGAGGAGACAUCGAGACCCAACAGCACCCGGCCCUGCAACACCCAGCCCUGCACCACCUGGGUGGUGGGCUCCUGGGGACAGUGCUCGGCUCCCUGCGGAGGGGGCAUCCAGCGGCGCCAGGUGAAGUGCAUGGACACCAGGACAGGUGCGGCAGAGGAGGACAGCAGCCUGUGUGACCAUGAACCACGGCCAGAGAGCACCCAGAAGUGCAACCCCCAGGACUGUGAGAGCUCCGAGCCAGGUGUCCCCUGCGAGCGCGACCGCCUGAGCUUCGCCUUCUGCCGGACUCUGCGGCUGCUGGGCAGGUGCCAGGUGCCCCCGGUGCGCAGCCAGUGCUGCCGGAGCUGCCAGCGCCUCUCCCGGAGGUGA